AUGACGUCCAACACUACUACCAAAGUCACCUCCCUGGAUUCGCAAUCCGAUGGCCCGUCGGUGCCACACCCGACGCCGGCGACUGAACCUAUAGGUAGUCCCUACGAGCCUGUCGACCCUCCUCCGGAGAUGGAUUACACGGCUGUCGCCAAAAUCCUUGCUCCUAUCCAGGAAUCACUCAACGAGGCCGCCAUGGAGGCAGCUUUCCCAUCCCCACCCAUCAACACGCCUGUAUACGGCUCUCCGGCUCCAUCCGUAGCGUAUCGUUACCCAUUGACCCGCGGUCGCGGCUUCAGUUUAAUUGGCGAUAGACUCGUGCAGCUGAAGCUCAAUGACCGCAAGCUCCGCAAUCGCGAAGGAGACGUGGGCUCGAGCAACUACUCGCCCGAGGCAUCCAUCGCCGAGGACGAAGAGGCCGAUAUUGCGAGCAUCUCCGAGGUGCUGAGUGACAGUGGUAGGGACAAGCAAGGUUCCGGGCAAAUUCGCUCCCCCGCCGUGAACCCGCGCAUCGUCGAGUACCUGACUUUCACCUCUGAUGACCUGCCCACGAAUUCGGUCGCUCCUUGCUUUCCCUCUACGCUCAUGAAGACGAGCACUGGGUCUCUCAAGACUGUCAUCGAAGGAAGCGACCAGGCUAGCGAAAAGAGCAACGGUGUCACUGAAAAGAGCAACUGGGCUGAAGAGGUCGAAGAGGCUGUCGAUCGCACUUGUCUCCGCCUUGAGCAGCUGGCUGAUGACGAGUGGAAGAAGGACAACAGUAAGACCUUCGCCGAAUACUAUGUCGCUCGCCUCGAGCGCCUGCUCGGCAGCAACAAGCGGGUCGUUCCUGUCAGCAUCAAGAAGAGCCAGGAUGCAAGCGAGUAG